UGUAUACUGGCAGAGCCCAGGGGAACACAAAAAUUCGUUAAAAAUCCCCACAUGCUCUGCUUUGAAUUAUUGAAGAAAAAAAAACUAUCUAUUCUUUAUUUUAAAAAAUCUCAAAAAAAUUAAAAUUUAAAAUGGCGGAGGCCGGUAAAAAGAAAAUAGUGAUUGCUGGAAUUGCUUCAAUUCUUCUAGUUGCUUGUGUUGUUGGUGCUGCCGUUACGUUUACAAAAAAAAAUGAUGAUUCAACCUCUAACGGGGGCGAAAUUUCGAGUUCUAGCAAAUCCGUACAAGCCAUGUGUCAACCUACGCAAUAUAAAGAAGCAUGCGAAAAAUCACUUGGAUCGGCUAAAAAUACUAGUGAUCCAAAAGAGUUGAUUAAAACCGCAUUUGAUAAUACUAUGACUGAAAUUUCAAAUUCAAUUAAAAAUUCAGCUCCAUUUAAGGAAGCUGCAAAUGAUCCAAGGACUAAGAAUGCUUUAAAAGUUUGUGAUGAAGUUCUUGAUCGUUCGAUCGAAGAGAUCAAGAGAUCUUUUUCACAAAUUGAUAGUAAUGACCUUAAUAAAUUGAUUAAAGAGUAUAUCUAUGAUGUUAGGUCCUGGCUUAGCUCUGCUGUUACAUUUGAAGAGACUUGUAUAGAUGCAUUCGUUAACACAACUGGUGAUACUGGUGAGAAAAUGAAGAGUAUCUUGAAGACUGCUAGCGAGUUGUCAAGUGUUGCACUUGAUAUUGUUAGUAGUUUUGAGGAACAAAUGACUGGGUUGCAAGGCCUAGGUAUCGCUAACAGACGAUUGUUGGUCGCGGAAGCAGGCAACCGACGACUCCUUCAAAUUGCAACCCUCAAGCCCAAUGUUGUGGUGGCUCAAGAUGGUAGUGGACAACACAAAUCAAUCAAUGAAGCUCUUAAAACAGUUCCCCCAAACAAUGCUCAACCCUAUGUCAUCUUCAUCAAGGCUGGUAUUUACAAUGAAAAUGUUGAAGUUGCCAAUACAAUGACCAAUGUUGUUUUCAUUGGUGAAGGCUCAAACAAGACCAAAAUUACUGGCAACAAAAAUUAUCUUGAUGGCCUCCCAAUCUUCCUUACUGCCACUGUUUCAAUCUCUGGACAGGGAUUCAUGGCUAAGGAUAUCGGAUUCGAGAACUCAGCAGGACCUUUGAAAAAAGAAGCUGUUGCACUCCGUGUUUCAGCUGAAAUGAUAGUAUUCCAGAACUGUCAAAUUGAUGGUUACCAAUCAACACUUAUGGCUCAUGUUGGCAGACAAUUCUAUCGCGAUUGUACCAUUUCAGGAACCAUAGAUUUCAUCUUUGGAGACGCGGUGGCUGUGUUCCAGAACUGUAAGAUAAUCGCGAGGAAACCUGAGGAAAUGCAGACACAGGCUAUCACAAUUGCAGCUCAGGGAAGGAUGCAACCAUUCGGAACAGGUGCAAUAGUCAUACAGAACUGCACGAUCACAGCUGAGCCAGCUCUGGUCGCCAUCAACCCACCACGCAACAAGGCGUUCCUUGGACGACCAGGGAAGAUGUACUCAAGGACCAUAGUGAUGCAAUCUCAAAUUGAUGGAUUCAUUGAACCUGAAGGAUGGACUCCAUUUGCUGGUACCUUUGGACUUGAGACUUUAUAUUUUGUUGAGUAUCAAAAUAGGGGUCCAGGUGCAAAUACUGAUAAAAGAGUAACUUGGAAGAAUUACAUUAAGAACCCUCCACAAGAUGUUAUUGCUAAAUUUGCCCCAGGAGUUGUACUUAAAGGUGGCGAUAAUACUGAUGGAUGGGUUAAGAAAACUGGUGUCCCAUAUGAACCAGGGAUGAUGAAGAUGUAAAAAAGUUUGUAUAUCUUCAAUAAAUAAUAAU